AUGCCAUAUACAAUGGCGGUACCCAUUCUAGGUAAAAUAGUUAUAGUUGUGUUGAUCCUUGGCGUGAUAGCCGGCAUGACCACAGUCAUAGUGCUGACUGUGAACAGCGAUAGCGUUGAAGAAGACUGCUGUGCUGUUGAAGAAACAGAGCCAAUCUACAAGGUGGGAGUUGGGAUUGCUGAUAUGACUGGACCUCCUACUGAAAUUAACUUUAUGGGUUAUGCUGAAUUUACACAAAGCGGCACAGGAAUUCACUUGCGACAGUUUGCGAGGUCUUUUAUCUUCGUAGAAGGAGACAAAAGGGUGGUCUACGUGUCUGCAGAAGUCCAGGCCGUGGGCAUAGCCGUUAGACGUGAGGUAGUGAGAAGACUACAAGAAAAAUACGGGACCAUGUACAGGCUUGAUAACGUCAUCAUAGCUGGUACUCACACCCACAGCGCUCCGGGAGGACAUCUUGUCUACAUCCUAUUAGACAUAAGCAUUCUUGGAUUCUCAGAGGAGACUUUCAAUGCGUACGUGGACGGAAUUACUAGGAGUAUAGAACGAGCUCAUGAAAACAUAGUACCAGCACGUCUAUUCUACGGACGGACAAACAUUACUGACGCGUCUAUAAAUAGAUCACCAUUUUCAUACAUGUCGAAUCCUCCAGCUGAAAGAAAUCGAUAUGAUAGCGAUACAGACAAUACCUUGACUCAAGUGCGGAUCGAGAACCUCAACGGCUCGCUUCACGGUGUACUGAACUGGUUCUCCGUCCACACCACUAGCAUGAACAUGUCCAACACGCUCAUCUCGUCUGAUAAUCUUGGAUACUCUGCGCUUAGGAUGGAGCAGGAGUUAAAUCCAGGUGCUUUCCCUGGCAAGGGUAAAAUUGUGGCUGGUUUUUUCGCCUCAAACCUCGGUGAUGCCUCUCCUAACACAUAUGGUGCUCGUUGCGAGUUCUCCGAAAUUCAGUGCGAUAACCAGUUCAUAGUCUGCGGUGCAGGGGAGAGAUGUUUCGCACGAGGUCCUGGAUCUGAUAUGUUCGAAAGUGUUAAAAUAAUAGGCACUAAAAUAUUUGAAGGGGCUUUGGAAAUACUGAACUCUCCUGGUGAAGAGUUGAGAGGGAAGCUAAAGGUUGUCCACCAGUUUGUCGACAUGACAGUGCAAGAGGUCCCCAGGUACAAUCCAGUGACGAGAACUUUUGAAAGUAAUGAGACAGUAACAGGCUGUGCACCUGCGUUGGGGUACAGUUUUGUUGCCGGAACUCAAGAUGGCGCUAAUACUCUUAAUGUAACACAGGGCACGCUCCAUCCCAUCGAGGGUAAUCCUGUGUUGGGUGUAAUAAAUAUUAUCUCAAAUCCGACCGAGUGGGAUCGCCAAUGUCACGCUCCCAAGCCUAUCCUGUUGGCUACUGGACGGGCUAACGAACCUCUACCGUGGCAUCCCAAUGUAACGUCGGUGUCUCUCAUCUGGCUGGGCGAUCUGGCCAUUCUCGGAGUGCCUGGAGAACCUACCACCAUGGCUGGUCGUCGCAUGAUGGAUGUAGUAGGCCAGGUGAUGGAGGAAAACGGAUUAGCCCCUAAAAUUGUGGUUACUGGGCUGACUAAUGAAUACAUCCAUUAUGUAGCCACAUUUGAGGAAUAUCAGAUCCAAAGGUACGAAGCAGCUUCCACAAUCUACGGACCUCAUACUCUUGACAUCUUCCUCAACAAAUUUCACGAGUUUGCUGAGAUUGCUGUUAAGGAUGGAGAAGUAGAGGAUACUCCAGCACCAGAGGAUUACCGAAAUAGAUUAGAGACUUUUAUUCCACCAGUGGAAGUGGACAAUCACGAAGAAAACAGCACGUUUGGUGAGACGCUCUAUCAGCCGAUAGCCGAAGCACCAAGGGGGGCGACUAUUGAUGCUACUUUUGUGGCGGCAAAUCCUCGCAAUGAUUUGAAACAAGAAUCAAGUCAUUUUGUGAUCGAGCGUCUCAAUGGAACUGAUUGGGUCGAAGUCACCAACGACGCUGACUUCAAUACUAAAUUCAUAUGGCAGAGGAUCCCGCAAAAUUCCAGCCGAGUACGUAUUGUGUGGACCAUUCCAGAGGAUUCUGUCUUAGGUGUACCUCACAGAAUAAGAUACUUUGGUGCAGCGAGGACAGCAACCGGCGACAUUCAGCCUUUUACCGGAGAAAGCGAUACCUUUAUAAUUGUAGAUGACGUCGCUGGCAGCGAUUAA